AGCGUCGUGACAAAGCGCGAGCGCUCCAAGGUGCCUUACAUCGUACGCCAGUGCGUCGAGGAGGUGGAGAAGAGGGGCAUCGAAGAGGUCGGCAUCUACAGGAUCUCUGGCGUCGCCACUGACAUCCAGGCGUUGAAAGCCGUCUUCGAUGCAAAUAACAAGGACAUCCUGGUCAUGCUGAGUGACAUGGACAUCAAUGCCAUCGCCGGCACACUGAAGCUGUACUUCCGCGAGCUGCCCGAGCCCCUCCUCACUGACAGACUCUACCCCGCCUUCAUGGAGGGGAUCGCCCUCUCGGAUCCUGCUGCCAAGGAGAACUGCAUGAUGCACCUUCUCCGCUCGCUGCCUGACCCCAACCUCAUCACCUUCCUCUUCCUGCUGGAGCACUUGAAAAGGGUAGCUGAAAAGGAGCCCAUCAACAAAAUGUCUCUCCACAACCUGGCCACAGUCUUCGGGCCAACACUGCUGAGACCCUCGGAGGGGGAGAGCAAGGGCCACCUCACCCUGGCCUCUGACAUCUGGUCCCAUGAUGUGAUGGCCCAGGUCCAGGUCCUUCUCUACUACCUGCAGCAUCCUCCCAUCUCCUUCCCUGAGCUGAAACGCAACACACUUUACUUUUCCACGGACGUGUAGCCUGCAGGGAGAAGGCACCAGCUGCAAACACUCCCAGCUCCCUGCUGGGGUCACGGACUGGAUUGCAGCCCCCAGGGAGACCAGCCCGGACCCAGGACGGUGCCGCCUGCAGCUCCUGUACAAUCGCCUACCAGUGGCCCGGUCCCACCCCAGGCGCCGUGCCUCUCUGUAAAGUAGUUGUGUCUUAUGUC